AUGGAAACCAUACACAUCGCGUUAGAGCAAGACAAGGUCAAAGACCUCGAGACAAAGAGAUUAGACAGUUUCCUCAAAGCUGUCUUGUAUCCAUUCCCUGAUGGACUCUUCGAAGCCUUCCUUUCCGCACCACGCUCCCAGAAGGCCGCUCCAAAGAAGGUCGAAGAGAAACUCGACGUAAUCGAGACACAUAAGUCCGCAUUUGCCAAUCUCAUGGAUGAUUCCGAAGAAGAUGGAGAGAUCGAAGUUCCUCCAGCACCAGUUAUCUCUGCACCACCUCCACCACCACCUGCUGCUUCUAAACCAGAGAAAGAGAAGAAGCCAGAGAUGGACGAGGACGAGGAAAUGGCUUUCUUGAUGGCGGCUGCAGCAGCAAACAAAGGAGCAAAGAGAGAAGUCAAAGCUGCUCCUCAACAGAAGAAGAACACUCCAAAGAGUGCUCCAAAGAAACACAUCGACAAAGGAUCUCUCAACCAAUUCAAUAACUACAACAAGGAGUCAAAACUUGAUGCAAAGAAACAGAUGAAACAAUCAUCACAUGACUGGCAUAGAGGUGAAAUGAGAUUGUAA